AGGUGACAGAGCAAGCCGCCAAGAUGCUGCAAAGUUUGGAUGUCCAGAAGGAGGCGCUGGAGAGAGGGACGCAGAGCUUGCAGAAAGAGCAGAGGGAAGGCGCAGAGACGCUGAGGGAGAGCCUCCGAAGAAGCGACGAGUCUCUGCGGCAGCUUCUGAAUUUCACCGACGGCAAGCAGAGCGAGGCGAUCGCCGGACUCGAGCGGAAGCUUGAGGAGUGCAGGGACCGCUUGGAGCUGGCCGACAAGGAGGCUCAGAAAGCUUUGAGCCUCCAGAUUCAAGGUGAAACCAAGGAGGUGAAGUGUCAGCUCCAGGAACAACUGACUGGCGCGGAGCAGUCCAUCGUACAGCUGCAAGAUGGGCUCCGCGGUUGGGCGGAGCAGCGGAUCAAGGACUCGGAGGUGGGGACGCAGUCCUGGGUGGAGGCCUCCGUGGCGGGUCGCGUCACCGCGCUGGACAAGCUAUUGAAGAAGGAGAUGGCAGAACGAGCCUCCACCAACGAACAGAUCCUGGGCAUGAUCACUCACAACUCGGAGAGGUGGUGUCAGCUUCAGGCCAAGUUCGACGAAGUGCUGAUCUUCCUCCAGAAGGGCAUGACGGUGUCAGGUAGCGAUGCCGGAGGCAGCGACGGAGGAUCAAUGUCUCUGGGCAGAUCCGCGGAAGACCGAUGACAGGCGCCGCGGCGAUUUCGCGAAUCUCGCGAGGUCGCGCAAUGCUCCUGAGCCGCAAAUGGAUGCACCCUUGCUGGUCGCAAAAAGCUGCCGCGCAGGCGGCAGAUGAGCAACGGACGCAGUUACUCG